UAUAAUCCACCGGCGGCGGACGGCGAAUUCAGUCAACUCGUCAACAUAACCGGCUAACAUCGUACAACGAUGAAGGUUUUCGUCAGCAUCGUCCUCUUGGCUACCGUGGUCCUCGCUGAGCCACCGAGGUACCGUCAGCAACAGAGACAGUAUUACUUCGCUCAGCAGCAGGAAGAGGCCGCUCCUUAUCUCGCGUCUGGCUGGAAACCAGCGGGACCCGCUUUUGAUCUUCCUCAAAGACAACGUCAGACAAAUGAAGCAUCAAACGCGCCUCAACAACAGUACGGAGCGCCAAAUACACCCCAGCAACAAUAUGGAACACCAAGCGCACCCCAGCAACAAUAUGGAACACCAAAUGCACCUCAACAACAAUAUGGAACACCAAGCGUGCCUCAGCAACAAUAUGGAGCAUCAAGCGUGCCUCAGCAACAAUAUGGAGCAUCAAGCGUGCCUCAGCAACAAUAUGGAGCACCAAGCACGCCUCAGCAACAAUAUGGAGCGCCAAACACACCUCGUCAACAAUACGGAGCACCAUCAAGUCCUCAACAAGAAUAUGAAGAACCGGAAGAGUCGACAACGACUGAGACUCCUAACACCACCGAAGAAGAAGAAGUAUCUACUGUUCAAGGCAUCACUGAAUCUGAGUCCGAGCCCGUGAAUUCAGUAAACGAGCUCGAAGACGAGGAUGUUGAUGAGAAGCAACCUCAGCAAUCAGGAGAAUACUACGUGGCACUUCCCGACGGUCGCCUUCAGCGCGUGCGGUAUAUCAGCCGUCAGAAUGUCGAGGCCAUGAAGUACUUCGCCAAAAUUCGCGCCGAGAACGUGGAGCCUCUUCGUGGUCCGAUUUACAUGUACGCACCUUUGCAGAAGUUGCAGAUUGUGCCGGCUGGUGUGCAAUUGUCCGUUGCCCCGGUCACCCCAGUCGCCGCGGUCGCAUCCUCAGAUGCCAAGCCACAGAAACUCGAGAUUGAGCCCGUGGCCGCGCAAGUGCAAUACCAGUACGACAAUCCCUCGCGCGUGGUGCCUCUGGCCAAUCCUUUGAGUACCACCUAUACCGCCUACACAGCGAACUAUCAGGCACCGGCAACGGACUCCAGAUUCCUCCUUACCUUCCAGUGAAUCAUAUACAACCCGAUACUACGAUGUGACGAAACUAUGACCCUUGUAAAUUGCAUUGUACAUGUUGCAUAGAUUAGUGUGUACUGACAACAUUAGGCUAAGCUGUUGACGCAAUAAAAUUGAUGGUAACAAAA